CAGAGCAGCAGCACCGCUUAUGAGGAUGCGGUGACAGCAGCAGCGACGUUUCUACGCUUAAAAAAAAGGAGAGACCUGUGCGUCUGACCGUGCCGUUUGGAUAUCCGAGAGUCGAUCUGAGCGCUCUACGCUUCCUUCCGUUUGAUGAAUGCACCCUCAUUGUCAACCUGCUGGGGGCCUUAAAGUGAAGCAGCACCCGGCUUUAUGAAUGGGGAUGCUCGGUUCCCAGGCUGACUGCAGUUAAAGAGGAACUGAGGUUUCAAUCCAAAGCCACAAACAGAGAUUGUACUUAAGACUUUGAAUCCCCUUACACAGACCUCUUGCAUCUUGGACUACCUUUUUUUUACAAGAAAGCAAGAAACAUCAGCUGCCAUGCCGAUCCUGAAACAACUAGUGUCCGGCUCCUCCCAAACCAAGCGCCGCUCCCGCAUGGACCUGACCAGGGAGAUGAUCAGCGCCCCUCUGGGCGACUUCCGCCACACUAUGCAUGUAGGCCGGAGUGGGGAUGCAUUCGGAGACACCUCCUUUCUCAGCAGCCGCUCAGGGGAACCUCCCCCAGAAACCACCUCCUACCCUAGCUCUCCCCGGCCCGGCUUGCUUUCUCGCACCUUCAGGAGCAGCAAGCGCUCCCAGUCGGUGACCAGAGUGGACCAGCAGAAAGAGAGCACCCUGGUGGUCCCUGGUGGGUCACCCACUUAUGUGAAGAACGCCAUGUCUUUGCCUUUUCUGUAUGAUGAAAGCAGGGGAGACAGCAUGGUGGCUAAAAGUCUGUCUUCGAGUCCUUUAAAGCAGCCUGGUGAGGUGGAUGGCAAAGGUGCAGCUGCAGCUACAGCUGCUCACUUCUUAGAACUGGAGGAGAGAAGCUUUGGCGAGCUGACUGAGCUACCGGAGACUUCCCAUCACUAUGGAGCCGGCAUGAAGCGAGCAGACUCUGUCAUGUCUUUCCAUGUAGAUCUCGGGCCCUCAAUGCUGGGUGACAUCCUCGGGGUGAUGGAGAAAGAGGAUGAUGAUCUCGGCUAUGAGGAGGGCAAGAGCAGUGAGGGUCGGGCCUCUCCCCCUCUCAGUGCCCAUGGUGAGGAGGAGGAUGACAGCGUUGAGGGAGAGAAAGAAGAAGCUAUAGAGGAGGCUACAGAGGAACAGAUGGAGGAAGAGGUAGAGGAGACAGAGCUGCAGGAUGCCUCUAUGCAUCCAGCUGAACUGGAACCUGAGAUCGAGGGCCCUUACACGCCAGAGUAUACACCAGAGACUCGGCCCAAACAUUUGCAGCACCUAGACAGCUGUUCCAUGUCCAGCUCUGGCUCCGCUGCCCUGGACGAGAAACCAAACAGUCAGACGUAUGCAGGAGACACAGACAGCGCCACUUUCAGCGCCCCGCCAGAGGAGGAGAGCAACUUCUCAUCUUUCCUUGAGGAUGAAGAUGAUGAGAUCCGUGUAUGAGAAUAGCGCCAAGAUCUGGAAGGAGUUUAUGCGAGACUAGCAAGUCCUUGACAGUGUGGAUUUGCACUUGAACGGAAAUAAGAUGCUGCUGUCGAGUGCUGUGAGACUGGAGAAGUGAAGAAGACGGAGGACUCUCUGUGCGGAGAGAGUGACUGCUCCUUUAGGAAGAGCCCAAACUGUCUGUCAGGGAGACUCACCCUCCAUUCUUUAUGUUUGUCUGUCAAUCUGACUUUCACUUUUUGAACACUGAGGGAACUGACGUGGAAGAACAGCCGCUUUUUGACUCUGGAACAUUCCAAAAGUAAGCAAGGAGGAUGGGUUAGAAAGAAACUUUUGUAGGAAAAAAACACUUUCCAUAACUAAAGCUUGGUUCACACUUUCUCUCUCUCUCUCUCCUCUUAUUUCAUGUCACAUGUGCUUUUUUCAUUAUGUUCCCCUCGCCACUUCUUCUUGUUUUCUCUCUCUCUCUUUCUCUCUUUGCCUCUGGGACAUAAAGAGGCCUGAGCUGAGCUGAAGAGGCCUCUGUCACCGCACAAUCACUAGUAGGUAUCUUGUCACAACAAAAAGAGGGCUGUGUUUGACACUGGAGUUUGAAGCCUUGCCUUAAGCCUCUGUCAUCUGAAAACAUUACAGCAAAGUGCCAUACAUCUAUCAGAGUUCUCUCCCUUAUGUAACUCAGGAUCCUUGUUGCGCUGCUCAAAGGCUGCCAUUUCCUGCAGUAAAAGAGCCGGACCACAAAGCCCCAAACCAAAAUUCUGUUCUGUUUUUGAUUCCCCCUGAGCGCCACACAGGCUGAGCCUCAAUGUAAAUUUGAGAGAAGCAAGCGGAGACACAUUAGCCUGCAGUUACUGCUAUCUUGGGUGUUACUACAGGAAACCAGAGGGGUGGGAGUAGGUUGUGGCCCAGUUUUUGUCAUCUUUUUUCUCCAAAAAAGCAGAUCCAACUUGACUCCAUAACGAUGAUUUUGCAGAUUUCUUUGAUUCUGACAUAAAUCAUCCAUCCUUCUCCUCUUAAUCUGUCAUUAGAGCUGAAACUGAAAACCGUUUGAUAACCACUUCCUUCCUUGUUUUGCUACAUCCGAGCAGCUGCAGCACUGCAAAUUCACAAAAAAAAAGGAUGUUCAUCCUCAUUAGUGUAGAGGCUGCCUUAAUGCAUCAAACAGAUUCCACUACUGCUCAUGAAGAGGGCUUCAGGGUGUGUGUUAUUGAAAUUUGAGUGCACCAGCAGGCACAAUUAAACCAGACACUACUAGUAUUUGGUGUUUAAUACCUGUUGUUUUAAUCUUUGAAAGAAAAAAAAGAAAAAAUCUUUGCUAUGUUUGUGUUGUAUCUGUUUGAAAAGUGGAUGAAAAGGAAAGACGCAGCCAGCAAUAGAUGCAAGAGCAUUGGGAUAAUCUAUUUUUAUGCAAGUUGCAUAGUCAUUGCAGCUCCACUGUAUCUCUUGCAUCAUUAAAAAACCAUGGCCAGAAGUAUGGAGGCUUAGUUGCUCUGAUUGAUUUCACUGCCUUAAAUGACUCUGACAAGUUGUGCCAAAUUGUAAUUUUCUAGCCAAAAAUAAUUCUCAUUUAUGCGGCUGACUUUUGGGAGAGCCUGUCAAAUCUGUCAGUCACGUCCUCCUGUGUAUGGGUAAUCACUGUUGAAUAUGAGCGUCUGCUUCUAAGUUAAAAAAAAAAAAAUAAAAGCUGUUUUAAGAUGUCAUAUCAUGCAGGAAUAAAGCAAAAAGAAUAAAAUUGCAUAACUGGAUAUUUAUAUUCCCAGUCACUCAAACACUACAUAAUAUAUUCAGGUAAUUUCUGGGUGAACUAUUUUGUGCAAAUGGGAAUUGUCUACGUGUCGCCCUUUGUGUAUAAUGUCGAAUAUUACGCCUUACUUUUCUUUCUCUCUUUCUUAUUUUCUGUAUUAUCCAAAAUAACCUCUAUUUUUCAAUAAAAAGAAAUCCUUAACGUC